GCUUAAGAAUAUAAGUUUAAUGAUGGCAAAGCUCACCCUAUGUGCGUUGUCCUUGGUCUGUGUACUGGCUUUUGCCUCUGCGCAAAGUGCCAUUGUGACAUCUACAUAUCAUUUAUACCAACCUGAACAGCAUAACUGGGAUUUGCUUGCAGUGAGUGCAUAUUGUGCAACUUGGGACGCAAACCAGCCCUUGUCAUGGCGUAGCAAAUAUGGUUGGACAGCCUUUUGUGGACCUGUUGGACCUCAAGGCGAAGCCGCGUGUGGCAAGUGCUUAAGGGUGACAAACACUCGAACAGGAGCUCAGCAAAUAGCGAGAAUUGUGGAUCAAUGCAAUAAUGGGGGUUUGGAUUUGGACGUUAGUGUCUUCCAGAGUCUCGAUUCCGACGGAAGUGGAAAUGCUGAAGGUCAUCUUAUCGUUCACUAUGACUUUGUGGACUGCGCUGACUAAACACGUCCUUGUUAAUUGAGCACAUAUUGCAAAGGCACCUGGCAAGUCCAGGAGGAUUGAUUUUCAUAUGGUUAUUUAUUUUUACUAGAGUUAGCAAAGUACCAGCAUAAAAAAGUUGUGUUAGGUUACCCAUUGCAAUAUUGCAUGAAAUUGUAAGGAGGAGU